AGUAUUCUGAAAGUGAACCCCAAGAGCCUCGUACAUGUCCUAGUUUUUCUGCUAAAUCAAGUCGUUUUUGGGCUCGAAUAAGAAAAACUCAAUUCAUAAAUCUAAGCACUGAUAACUGUGGUUUUCAAAAUAUAAGUAGAGAAUGGACGCUAAGUGAAAAAAUGAAGCAAUUUAGUAAAAUCGCACAUACGAAGAGAAUUGAACUUAUUAAAGCGAAACUAAUUAACAAGAUAGCAUUAGAUAUUUGGCAUCCAAUACCUAUAACGUGUGAAGAGGUGAUUCUAAUCGUUCACGUUUCCGGUGCUUGUCAA